CUAGGAGACUAUAUAACGAUAUACCUUAAUAAUGUCUUAGUAUACAAGGUCCUUCAAAGACUAAGGGACGUAGGCUUUAAUUUGGACCUUAAGAAAUAUAUAUUCGUAGUAAAGGAAGUUAAGUACCUAGGGUAUAUUAUAGAGGCUAGGGUCUAUAUCCGCCCUAACCCUAAGAAGAUUAAGGCUAUCUACGAAUAG